CCGUCCUCAGUGUGAGCUCAGCCUCCGUCGCGUUUUGCUGUGACUGACAGGAACGGGGGACCUUCUUCGCUUCUCCAAACAUAAAAAGGGGAGAAAAGGGGCCGUUCGGAUUUUUCUCAUUUUGGCCAACAAAUUUGACCCAAUCCCUGAUCUGGAUUUUUAAAUCUCAGAACUCCUUGAGGGUUUUUAUUUUAGAUUUUUAUUUUUUUUUGUUCCGAGAAACCUAAAAAACAGGAAGAUGGGAGCCCAGUUGUCCAAGGGUGGAGUAGCUGUGGAGGUGAAAGCCGCCGCUGACCCUGCCGCUGCCAAAGCGAACGGCCAGGAAAACGGACAUGUUAAAACCAAUGGCGACGUUUCAGCUAAGCCCGAUGGUGAAGCAGCUGCUGCUGACGGAAACGGAACAGCCGAACCAGCCAAGGAGGGCGAGACAGGUGCCGGGGACGCCAUCGAGCCUGCUCCUGCAGCUGAGGGCGAGGCAGCCAAAGCGGAGGGUGAGGCAGCCAAGGAUGCCAAGAAGAAAAAGAAGUUCUCCCUGAAGAACUCCUUUAAGUUCAAGGGCAUCUCCCUGAAGAAGAGCAAGAAGAACAGCGAGGAGGCCAAAGAGGAGGCCACCUCCCCCUCAGCGGAGGACAAGCCCGAGGAGAACGGUCACGCAGCCAAGGACACCAAAGAGGAGACGCCGGCCGCGGAGGCCAAGGAGGAAGAGGCUGCAGCCCCCGAGGGCGAGACAAAGGCAGCUGAGGAGGCCCCACCCACAGAGGCACCCCCUGCCGAGGAGGCCGCGGCCCCCGCCGAGGUCACGACACCUGCGGCCUCUGAGGGCGAGGCCAAGGCAGAGUGACUGCACCCCGUCACAGCACCUGAACUGACUGUCCAAGAUUAAAGUAUAUAAAUAUAUAUAUGAGAGACUCGUGCCACGUUCUUAAAGUUAUAAACAAAACAACAACAACAACAAAAGAAGACAAAGAAGGAUAUAUCACUUUUGCUGAUUCAACCACCAGUUCACUGCCUUUUAUUAGUUCUUCGACAGACGGAAUCUCACCGGGCCCUCUCAUGAUGAAACGAUUUAAUAUUGGCUUGUGUCGUCCCCUCAUGGUACACUCGGGUACUGGUGAGCGGGGAAGGUAAUGGAUUGGAUGUGGGGUGAAUCAGGAAUACUGACUUAUUUUCCCAGUUCAUGGAGAAGCAUCCUUUCAACAGCGUGGCAACCCUAUAACAUUUUAAUUUUUUUUCUCAUCUUUUUGGGAUCUAAAACUAGGCAACUUGUUAUGGACCGGGGAAGACCAUCUCCUUCACUCAAAAUGACUGUUACAUGGACUCAUAAACCUUUCAGAUGAUCAUAAUAAUUUUUAGAAUUCUACAUUCCUAUGUUUUACCCCCCCCCCCACAAAUUCCAAGCAUUUUUGUGCUGUAUAGAAAAGUGAAAUUCAAGGAAGGGAGGUGGAAAGAGCUGUGUCUUUGUCCGUGCAUUUUGGUUCUUUUCUGGCUUAAACCACAUAGAAGCUUUGAGUCUUGCAGUGUUCACAUUUCAGAGUUUAUGAUGCAGGGGUUGGGAUUGUGUACAAAAUGUGAGCUUUUUAUCUGCAAUUUGUCUCUGUAAAUAUGUUUUGGCCAAUAUGUUUGAUUCUCUUUAUUUUGCUAUCGUUUUAAAGAUGUUAAUGGUUUUAUUGUAACUUUUAAUAAGGGUAAAUAAAUGUCUGAUCCCCUC